AUGAUAACACCAUUUCAUCAACAAAGAAAAGCAGGUAAUACAAAGAUCUUGGUUGGUCUGUUAGUGUUCUCGGCAGGUGUUUACUUUACAUCGAUGUGGCGUAUGGGUCAAAACGAUUUCAAAGAUAUCAAUGACUUUGGUUUCCCUGUGGAAGAGGAUAAAUCUAAACUACAAAAGAGACCAAGAGGUUCUGGUUCAUCAUAA